AUGAGUCAGGCUCUAAGCCCCCCCAUAUCUACACAGAGCCCCCCACCUCCACACAGAGUCCCCACACCUCCACACAUAGCCCCCCCCCCCACCUCCACACAGAGAACCCCACCUCCACACAGAGCCCCCCACCUCCACACAGAGCCCCCACACCUCCACACAGAUCCCCCCCUCACCUCCACAGAUCCCCCCCUCACCUCCACACAUAGCCCCCCUCACCUCCACACAGAGCGCCCCCACCUCCACACUGAGCCCCCUCACCUCCACACAGAGCCCCCACACCUCCACACAGAUCCCCCCCCACACCUCCACACAGAUCCCCCCCGCCUCACCUCCACACAGAGCCCCCUCACCUCCACACAGAGCGCCCCCACCUCCACACAGAGCCCCCUCACCUCCACACAGAGCACCCCCAUACCUCCACACAGAGCCCCCACACCUCCACACAGAUCCCCCCCCUCACCUCCACACAGAUCCCCCCCCACACCUCCACACAGAUCCCCCCCCAUACCUCCACACAGAGCCCCCACACCUCCACACAGAUCCCCCCCCUCACCUCCACACAGAUCCCCCCCACACCUCCUCACAGAUCCCCCCCCUCACCUCCACACAGAGCCCCCCUCACCUCCACACAGAGCGCCCCCACCUCCACACAGAGCCCCCCUCACCUCCACACAGAGCCCCCCCACAUCCACACAGAGCGCCCCCACCUCCACACAGAGCCCCCUCACCUCCACACAGAGCCCCCCACAUCCACACAGAGCCCCCACACCUCCACACAGAGCCCCCACACCUCCACACAUAGCCCCCCUCACCUCCACACAGAUCCCCCCCCCACCUCCACACAUUGCCCCCACACCUCCACACAGAGCCCCCACAUCCACACAGAGCCCCCACACCUCCACACAGAGCCCCCUCACCUCCACACAGAGCCCCCCACAUCCACACAGAGCCCCCACACCUCCACACAGACCCCCCUCACCUCCACACAGAUCCCCCCCAUACCUCCACACAGAGCCCCCCACAUCCACACAGAGCCCCCCACCUCCACACAGAGCCCCCACACCUCCACACAGAUCCCCCCCCAUACCUCCACACAGAGCCCCCCACAUCCACACAGAGCCCCCCACCUCCACACAGAGCCCCCACGCCUCCACACAGAUCCCCCCCCUCACCUCCACACAUAGCCCCCCCUCACCUCCACACAGAUCCCCCCCCUCACCUCCACACAGAGCCCCCACACCUCCACACAGAUCCCCCCCCCUCACCUCCACACAGAGCCCCCCUCACCUCCACACAGAUCCCCCCCCAUACCUCCACACAGAGCCCCCCCACAUCCACACAGAGCCCCCCACCUCCACACAGAGCCCCCACACCUCCACACAGAUCCCCCCCUCACCUCCACACAUAGCCCCCCUCACCUCCACACAGAGCGCCCCCACCUACACACAGAGCCCCCACACCUCCACACAGAUCCCCCCCUCACCUCCACACAGAGCGCCCCCACCUACACACAGAGCCCCCACACCUCCACACAGAUCCCCCACACCUCCACACAGAUCCCCCCCCACAUAUCAAAUCCCAACUUAA